AUGAUGAUCGCUCCGUUCAAGUGGACGAGUGCGUAUCGUCGAGUCAUUGGCGGGAACGAAGACGACGUGUCGUGGUCGAAUUGGAUGCCCCACCAGGAUCCUCGUGCUAAUUGUGAUCAUGAGCAGCAUCAUACAGCAGCGCUGCUUGAUCAGGGGCACUUGAGAGUCUCCGACAGCUGUGCUUUGACUUGA